UUUUCAGUCACAUGGUGCUGCCCAACAGAGGGCUGCUGAUGGAGCCAGAUGAAAAAGACAGGAGGCGAGCCCCUCCGGUUGCGCGUCAGCAUCCCCUCAAAUAGGAAUCCGCUUCUGUCACUUCUGCCCUGCACACCGAGAGACGGACGACAGCAACCCCGAAACAACACCUGAAGGAGAAUUUUAUUUGGCAUGCAACGGGUUUGAUUUUCUUCGUUGUAUUUUUUUUUUUUCUUUUGUAAUGCCAAAGAAGAAGAGUAAAGGGAGGCUGUGAGGAGGCUGGAGCCUUGCAAAGAAUGAUAGUGAGGAUCAAGGCGCGCUGUCCCAGGAGAACUCAUCUGAAAAGCUGGCCGUGAGAGACCGGGAUGCUCCUCUAAGGCACCGGGGGCGAUUCAUCUUCUGUUGGAGGUCUUCGCACACACGCGCGCACGCUCCGACUCGAGCAUAGACAAGCGCGGGUGGAACGCACACUCAAAGGAAGACACACCCGCCUCCAUCCUAACUGAGGUUUUCCUUAGCAGACGGUCUGAGCGGAAGACUUUAAGCUUGAGUAAGGAAGUGAGCAAAACGGAGUGGGUGUCAUGGAAAGACAAGGGGGAUCUCAAGACAACCUUACCUACCAAAACCUGCUUCUACUUGGAGCCAUUGCAGCAGCGUCUGCUUUCGUGGUCACCAUCCUGAUCGUCCUUGUCUGCGUUGGCUGCCAGAGGAAAAGCAAGAGCAAGCACCCUCCGGCUGGGGAGAAAGGGACAUCUGUAAAUAUGCAGGGUACCCUUCGUCACCCAAAACUCAACUCCAUGAGUAAAUCUGACACCAGGCUCCAUGAGAUCAAUCGCUUUCCCUGCAAUGGAAACUCUGUUAGUAAGAGCCGUCCAGCUAGUAUGGACCUCCUGCUUCUCCACAGUCGCCGCUCCCAGACGGAUCUGAGGCCCUCCCACGGCCGACAGCUCCCCCAGAUCCCCACCAGUCCACAGAGAUCUGGCCAGGGGGGAGAAGGGGAAAUGGGAGGGGAAGGGGGAGGCGGAGGAGGAGGUGAAGCAAGAGAUCACACCUACACUGAGGCCACUUACACUGAGGUGGGCCUGCGCAAUAACCCCACCCCUACCCACUACCUGGAUGAUGGCCUAUAUGAAAGCGUAGGUGUCCGGGAAGGCCCAAAAGUACCCUCUGCCCCACCAACCACAUCAGCCAACACUCCAGCUAUAGCCAGGGCUCCUCAAAGCCCUUCUACUCAUGCCAGCGGAGCUCGGAGUGGAAACGGGCACGGAAACGGUGGCAGAGGGAAUGACACUAUUAAUGGACCAAUGACGGGAAGAGGUAAUGGAGCAAGUGGGGUCAGUAGGUCACCUCUCUCUUCUGUGAAUUCCCUGGCUGUUCAAGAUCCAUCUUUAGCCGAGUAUGCAUCUAUACGAAAGUUUAGAAAGGUUGAUAAGAUAAACAGGAAGGAAAACAACGGCGCCGACAGCCAGUCAGACAGCCAAUCGAGCGUGAGUGAUUCACCCUCUGCUGGUCCUCCUCCACUACAUCGCAGUCAAGAGUUUCCACGGAAACAACUGGAGCCAUUUCACCUUCACUCCUUCCCAAAGGAAGCAGUGUUCAUGGGCAAUGGGGAACAGUACAUCUGGAAGCCUCCAGAGGAGAACGACAUCAUCACCUUGCACCCACCUCCACAUCACCCACCUGGGGAGAAUGAACAGGGGCACCCAUCGCCUCCAACUGCAAAGGAGAUUGCAGACACCUACUCUAUCGUAUGUAAAACCCAGAAAAAGAAACCUCCUAUGGAACACAAUGGAGCCAAGACCCUCCCACGAUCCUUUGGUGGAGAUAGAGGAAACAUGGGUUCUCGGGGCCGAGGUAGGGGAGUCCAGAGCCAAGCACGUUCGCAGGAGGAACCCUGCUACGAGCCUGUAGGAGACAGGUCCUGGUCUUCCCCAGUGGCUGAGUCAGACCCUGCGUACGCGACUAUCGACCCACACCGGAAACGUGAGCAAGGGGGAACCAAUAACAGCACAGCUGGGGGUAGUGCCACUCUAAAGAGAAAGAAGCAGCAGCAGCAGCAGGCAGCACCAGCAGCACCUCAAGCCUCAGGACCAAGCACCCUUCCUGCUAGAGGCCUGCCUGGUGGGGAAAACUUCUAUGAGACCAUCAGUGAUGUGAAACAAGGGGGCAACAGCACUACCACCAUCUUUACUUUCAAUGAUGGCAUGGAGAUGUAUGUCACAGGCCUGUAGCUGGCUGACAGGCAAAAGGGCCCAGAACCCACUGGUAUAGAGUCUGGAGAUUUUCCUGUUUACAGGACAACAGGUUGCUGUACAUAGACACAAGGCCCUCUAUAGUAAAACAACAUGAGGAUCCAUUAUGUGUUGAAAUCAGGUACAAACAGGGUCUUUAUCCAGGUUCAGACUUCCCUUGAUUGGUCUGUACUUAAGAACCAGCCUAAGCCUAGUCCAGCCCAAAUAUGGACUAAAAUCAUUUGAAAAAACAAACAAACAAAUAAAACUGGGAUAGAGAUCUUCAGUCUGCUGUGUCACUCACCAUACUCACCUGUUUGUGCAACAUUUUCCAUAAUAUCUUUAUUUUUAUAUGAAAACUCUUUAAAGCGUAUGUGGUGUAACUCACAACCUCAGAAGAACACACUUAUAUAUAUAUAUAUAUAUAUAUAUAUAUAUAUAUAUAUACUCUGUCCUGAGUAUAAUAAAAUAUAAUAUAAAGAAAUGUGCAUGCAUUGUGCAACUAAAAACACAUAAAAAUAGUAGUAGCAGUGAAACUGGCUAUAUUGUACAAGGAAUGUGAGGCACACUGUAACGUAUUGUCCACAGUAUACACACACAAACACACAAAGACACAUGUACAUGCCUCCUCUUAAGCAUAUGGAUGUCACAGAGAUUUGCGGUGCUAUCUCUCCCUAAAGAAACACUCGAAAAAGGUUUUCAUCGUGCGCUGACCUGUUGCCUGGAAGACGCGAUUGAGGUGUUGUGGUUAAAUACUGGCCUACGAUUUGUAGACCUGUUUAAAAGUGAAGGAUGUUGCCUUUUUAUCAGAAAUGAUCCGACCCAAGCUUUUUAGCAGUUUUUAGUAAUAGCCCACUUAAUAAUCACAACACAUACUUUUGGCUCGAUAGUGUAACCUCCACUUGAAUGAAGAGAUUAGCUAAAAAUCCACCUAAAUUUGACAUCUGUAGCUAAGGCAUGUUGACACACCCCAACACACACCCCCACACAUGCACACAUAUUUGGCAGUGAUGCAGGGAAAAGUGAUCAGGUCAGGGGUAUUGAAUGGCUUGUGCAAGAAUCUCCCCAGAGUGAUAUGGGUGUUAGAUUUCACAAUGCAAGACUUUUAGACUUUUACAGUAUUGUUGCGAAUACAGAGAAAAAAAUAUUUUCAAAAAAAAAAAAAAAGAGGAAGUGAAAGAGUGUCCAAAAUAAUACAGGAUGCCUCAUCGUGCACAGUUAAUGUGAUAUCUUUUGGGCACUGUAAACAUCUGAUUUUAUGACCAUUGUAAUUUAGCGCUGGACAGCUGCAGGACUGCUGGGCUUAUUUGUGCAUUAUUGUGCCGUAAAGGGCACAGCUCUGAUUUGUUUUCUGGACUUAAGUUAAACCCAGAGCUCCCGGUAGCUUACCAGAUUUAAGUCUUGUGGUUGAAAUAGCAACAGAAGUCUUGGACUCCAAGGAAAAUAAAGAGCUGGGCAUAAAAAUUACCAGCGAGUGUCUUUUGGAAGGUUGCCCCUCUCCCCACCCAUGUCUCCAGCCUCUGUCCUGAGUUUGCUUCCAUUAUAAACAAUGUCUUUCCCAUGUAGCUUUGGGAAAACAUUGAAGAAAAAAAAGGAACAGAGGGGAAAAAACAAAAUAUUUGAGGCUUAAUAAAUGGGCAUAAAGACAUGAGGUGAAGAGGGAUACAAACUUGCUCGCAGGCUGAGAGUAAAACGAUGUAUUUGAUCUCACUGUGAGACAAAACGCAGAGAGAAGACAGGUUUAGUAAGAUUAGUAAAUUAAAUUAAUAAUGUAAGAAAGUAUGUAAAAACAAAUGCACUCUGUAUUUUAAUGCACUGUUUAUUUUUUCUUACCUACUGACAAUUCUAUUGGUUGAAUAGCUCAUACCACUGCCAUAAAAACAGUAUGUUUAUGUUGUUGGUGCAAUAUUUCCUGCUUGGUCAAAAAAAAGUGCAUGCUUUAAUAUAUUGAGAUGAAAAAUAUUGUGGUACUUAACUGAUCUUGUUUGUUAAUCUUUUCUGUUGUACUUUUGUUUUUCUUUUUUGCCAUGUGACUCAAAGCAGUUUUUCCAAAGCAACAACUUGGAGGAGCAAAGCAGAACAAGAGAGCUAACAGGGAGGAGCCGCUGGGAGUUUAGGGUAGAGCUGUGUUUAUUCUCUGCUCUGGGGGAGCAAGAAAGUGUCAUGUUGAGGGGGUGGGGGGUGAGGGUGCACACGCAGUAUAAAGCUGGAUGAGGCUCACUGCAAAUGGACACAGACCCACAGGACACUCCUCCUCCUCCUCUUUCUCCUCUAGUGUGUGCACAGAGAGCAACAUUCAACCAUGUGCUUCUCCAGUUUAGGGGAGGAAGCACAUUUUGCUUACCUUUGGUCAGCUCUUGCAAAAUGCUCCCUUUUCCAGCUGUGUUCAUUCUAUAAUACAGACCUCUUUUUCCUUAGCUUCACCUUCCUCCCUCCCUUCCUCGCUGUGCAGGUGAGGUGUUUGAUGUGCUAUUCUGAGGGACUGGGAGCGAAAUGGAGGUUGAGGAAGGGGGCAGAGGCUGUGGGUCACGCCAACCCCAGUCCGAUAUCAACAAUGCACCCUCGGCUCAACUAUUGUCUAAUAUGAGAAAUGGCCAACAGCUGAGACGCUUAACAAGCUCUGCUGAAGCUUCCCUUAAACAAUGCCGGUUGGAAGCCGCUAUCGCACUUAAUCCUUUUUCUUUGGCUGUCACCUAAUGUGUCACAUUUCCUUUAUCCUGAGAGGAAAAAGAAGCACUGAUGGAUAUGUUUGGUUGUUAUACACACAUCGAGACAGAUGUUCAUUGCACAAAUACAGUAUGAUGAUGUAAAUGUGUAAAAUACACUGUUGCUGUUCUGAUGUUGUUGCAAUGUAACAUACAGUAUACAUUUGUUGAAAAAAAAAAAAAAAGAGAUGGUUAUCACAGACACAUUGUACUUUGUGGAUGCAAAAUCUUUCAUGCUUUCCAUGCAGAUACAGACGCUGUUUCUUAAUUGUCUUCUGAUAUAAAUAUGGGCCAAUACUGCUGUGACAGCUGUAGCCAAUGUUGUAUGUUCCUAAAGCACAGGUUUUAGUUUCAAAAUAAUUCAUAUAUUAAAAUAUAGUGUGACAGUGCAGAUACUGUAUGCAGAAGAUUGUAAUGUUUUAUAUUAACCUUCAUAAAAUAUUAAAGUGAGUUUUUACUUUUCUAAUAAAGUGGCACAUCAGAAAGUG